AUCACUAGUCCCCACCAAAGCAAAUGCUCAAGGGUGAGCCCCACGGUGACGAGCCCGCCGAAACAUUCGCUUUUCCUCUUCUCAUCUUCUUGUCCUGAAUAUAAAAACACACUUUGCGCUGACUUCAAGCUUUUUCUCUCCAUUGUCUCUUUUCAAUUCCCUCUAUACAAGCUUCACUGUCGCCAAUUACAGAUUCUCAAUACUCGAGAAGCUCUCAGCUCACCCCACUACCCCUCACCUAUCUUGAAUUCACCUUAAUACCUUCACAACCGCCAGGAUGGUUGGACUCGGGCCACGUCGUCCUCCAAGCAGGAAGGGCUCCAUGGCCGAUGUGCCGAAGGAUCUCCUGCAGGAGAUUGAGAGACUGGAGAAACUCUUCACUAUUCCAGAGGAGAAGCUGAAGGAGAUCACUGCUCACUUUGUCAAGGAGCUCGAGAAAGGUCUUAGCGUCGAAGGUGGCAGCAUUCCCAUGAACCCAACAUGGUGCAUGGCAUUCCCCGACGGAAACGAAACUGGUACUUUCCUUGCCCUUGAUAUGGGCGGAACCAACCUCCGUGUUUGCGAGAUCAUCUUGACCGAUGAGCAAGGUGAAUUCGACAUCAUCCAAUCUAAGUACCGCAUGCCCGAGGACCUGAAGACAGGCAAUGCAGACGAACUCUGGGAGUACAUCGCAGACUGUCUUCAGCAAUUUAUUGAGUCCCACCAUGGUGGUGAGAAGACGACAAGCCUCCCACUUGGUUUCACUUUCUCGUACCCAGCAACGCAAGAUUACAUAGACCAUGGUGUUCUCCAGCGUUGGACAAAGGGUUUUGACAUUGACGGAGUUGAGGGAGAGAAUGUCGUGCCUAUGUUCGAGGCAGCCAUCGGGAAGCGAGGUGUUCCCAUCAAGUUGACGGCACUGAUCAACGACACUACUGGAACCCUGAUUGCCUCAGCCUAUACCGACACCAAGAUGAAGAUCGGUUGUAUCUUCGGAACCGGUUGCAACGCAGCCUACAUGGAGAACUGCGGCUCAAUCCCCAAGCUUGCACACAUGAACCUCCCACCAGACACUCCAAUGGCCAUCAACUGCGAAUGGGGCGCCUUCGACAACGAACACAAAGUCCUCCCGCUCACCCCUUACGACAUAAUCAUCGAUAAGGAGUCCCCUCGUCCAGGCCAACAAGCCUUCGAAAAGAUGAUCGCCGGCCUCUACCUCGGCGAACUCUUCCGCCUCGUCCUCGUCGACCUGCACGAGAACAAGGAAGUCCACAUGUUCGAAGGACAAAACAUCGACAAGCUCCGCAAGGCCUACACCCUCGACUCCUCCUUCCUAUCCCUCGUGGAAGAAGACCCCUUCGAGAAUUUGUCCGAGACAGGCGAUCUCUUCCAAAACAAACUUGGAAUCACCACCACCCGCCCAGAACUCGAACUCAUCCGCCGCUUGGCCGAGCUAAUCGGCACGCGCGCCGCUCGCCUCUCAGCCUGUGGAGUUGCCGCCAUCUCGAUCAAAAAGGACUACAAGACCUGCCACGUCGGAGCAGACGGUUCAGUCUUCAACAAGUACCCGCAUUUCAAGGCUCGCGGUGCUGUUGCGCUGCGCGAGAUUCUGGAUUGGGCGCCAAAGAAGAACAGUAAGGAGGAGGAUCCGAUUGAGAUUUUGGCUGCAGAGGAUGGUUCUGGUGUUGGGGCUGCGCUGAUUGCGGCCUUGACGUUGAAGAGGGUGAAGGAGGGGAAUAUGGCGGGGAUUUUGCACCCGGAGAAUUUCAAGUAGAUGCAUCUGGAUGUAUUUACUUGGAUUUUGUGGUGGGGUUGGACUGGAUAUGUUUGGUUAAGAACGGAAGUUAUGUGAUGGCUGGUUACCUAGCUUAUUUAGCACGACUUCAUGAUGUCCCUAUUUCAUGGAGAUG